GGGCCACCGCUAGACAGUUCUUUAGUGGUAAAAGAGAAAAUCAGUAGGAGCCAUGUGCUUAUUUAGUGGCAUCUCUUAAUGAAGCGCAGAGUACAAACCUGCUUCGACCAUUAGUGACGCUGAAAACAUCUUCCAUUAUUAGCACUGUACCUAUCUGACUUAAUCGUUACCAUCGCCUUACUAACCUGACUUCAAAAUGAUCACCAUACAGAUGUUGAGGCUCCUGCUCUGUUCAGUAGUUUUCAUAACUGGCAACCAUGCUGGAUCAGUGAAGGCAGGGAAGAAUCCAGGUGUCCAAAUCUGCCCUGAAGCAGGGGUCAUCAUGCCUUGCCUGUGUACCGUGAUCAGUGAUGUCAUCAUGGAAAUGGACUGCUCUGAGGUGGGUAACGAGGAGGAACUAGCCGGAGUAUUCAACCAGAAUUUUUCAGAGUUCAACUUCUUCAGUCUCAUUAUAAAAAACAACCCUCACCUGAAGGUGCUGAGAGAGGGUGUCCUAGGUAAUUCUGCCUUCAAGCACAUCAGGAUCUAUGAUGGUGUGCUAGAAGAAGUGCAAGUGGGCGCACUGACAGCCAGUGCCUCUACGGUCACACACCUUGACUUUUUCAAAAACAAUCUUACAGUGUUUCCCUUCAACGAUAUUCCCUCAUUCACUCAGCUCCAGUACCUGGACCUUCAAUACAACAACCUGCAGCAGUUACCAGAGAUAUCAUCAUUAACAAUGGAAACACUUUACUUAAGUAACAAUCCUCUGGGUAGUAUCCCACUCAAGGCUUUUGCCAACACACCGGCGAUCUCUGUCAUUCACUUGGCUGAAACUGGGAUACGAGAAAUAACUCCAGGAAUAUUCUCUGAGCUGCCACAGUUGGGAGAGGUGGACUUGUGGAACAACAAGUUGAGCAGUCUACCAGAAGGAACCUUCAAUUUCAGCUCAAAGGCCUCAGUCUAUGUAGGGAGCAACAACAUUACCAAGGUGGAUGUCAAUGCCAUCACAGGAAUGAGUGUUGGCAGAGUGGACAUAAGCAGCAACAAACUAGUAGAACUGGAGGAGCAGGUGUGGCAUCCACUGCUCCAUGUAGGUAUAACCCUUGACCCCUCAGCUGUGGGGACAUGGACAAGGUGCGCUGUGACGUCAUCAGGGGCUGGUCGCCCGUGUGUGAAGCUCCCAGACAUGGUUGCACUGGCCAUUCGAGCACCACGUGAAUGGCCCGCGCUCGCACCAUAUAUUGCCACAAAUAUAUUUUCAAUUAUUUGUUCUAUGUUCAGUAAACAUACAAUGGCAAUGCCCAAGAGCUGCAAAAACAAAGCUGAACUCAUUAGUUCCAAACCGAUGCCCGAGGCAUUUGGCGAUGUCACAAAUAUGCUGGAUUAA